AUGACACACUCUGAUGCUUGUCAAACAGGUAAUCUGUAUAGUGAAGGGGAUCUUGGCGGCCGUAUUUCAGCAGUUUUCGUUAUUCUUCUCGUAUCAGCCUUGGGAUCUUUCUUUCCCUUAAUCGCGAAAACCUGUCCAUAUAUUAGAUUGCCGGCCUUCUGCUUCUUCAUUACAAAGUACUUCGGAUCGGGAGUUAUUGUUGCAACUGGGUACAUUCAUUUAUUGGCCGAAGCUGGAAAUUCCUUGACUAACGAAUGCCUUGGAGGUGUAUUUGAAGAAUAUCCAUGGGCCGAAGGCAUCGCUCUUAUGGGAACCUUUGCGAUGUUUUACUUUGAUAUCUAUGCUCAUAGACAGAUUGACAAAAAAAUUGAACGUAAAACAAACCAAAAAGUUUUGAAUUCGCACGAAUGUGUGAGUUGUUUUGAAAUCGAAGAAUCAAAAGAAGAAGAGAAAGAGAUUCUGGAAGUUGAAGAAAAAGAUAUGUCCACGAACAACAUCUAUUUGCAGAUGCUCAAUUCCUUUGUUCUUGAAUUUGGAAUUGUGUUUCACUCAGUUUUUGUUGGUCUAUCUCUUGCAAUUGCUAGUGAGAGUGAGUUCAAAUCCCUCUACAUAGCAAUUGCAUUUCAUCAAAUGUUUGAGGGCCUUGGACUAGGGUCCCGAUUUGCAUCUACAGAUUGGCCCGAGAGUAAGAAAUUGACACCUUGGCUUUUAUCGCUAGCUUACAGUUUAGUAACUCCAAUUGCGAUAGGAAUUGGAAUAGGAGUGCGAAGCUUAUAUUCACCUGGCCCUCGAAUGGCUCUCAUAACUACUGGGGUUUUUGAUGCUCUAUGUGGUGGUGUAUUGAUAUACAAUAGUUUGGUUGAAUUGUUGGCACACGACUUUUUGUAUAUCUCAGAGUUUCAGGGUAAAGACGGAAGCAGAAAAGUACUACUUGGAUUACUUUCAUUAAGUCUUGGAGCCCUAGCAAUGGCCCUUAUUGGCAAAUGGGCAUAA